UUGAGGGUGUUUUUAACUUUAAUGCGUGAACGGUGUUUUUGUCGGAGUUCUGAUACAAGCAACCUUUGUUGGACUUUCCAAGCCGGGGUGUUAUCUAGCGUUAAAUUUCCCUAUUUGUUAUCGGGAUUCUAUCAUCCCUUAUCAUUCAAAAUCAUUAAAAUAUCAAAAUUUUUAAGGUUCGAAAAAUAUCCAUUGCCAAAUGUUGGGAAUGUUGAUUCAUCAUCACAAAUUCCUUCAACAAUAUUAGAGAAUCCUUGUAAUUCUUAUGCACUUCCAGUAAAUAACGGACAAAAUUUGACAAAAGAAGAGGAAAAACGUAAAAUUUUGAUAUUGCCAUAUAUGGAUAUUGGAGAACCAGAUUGGCUUGUACACGGGUUACCAGAACGUGAACGUUAUCUAUUUCCUGAUUUUGAUUCUUUCUCAUCAUCAUUUCAGUCAUUAAAACAAAAAUUUAAAGAAAGUGAUAGAAAUUGGCGACUUUAA